AUGAAGAGAAGUCCAGGGAAUGAGCAGAUCGAGGACAUGCAGUGGCCUCGAGGCGAGCAGGACAUUCCCAGCUCCGUGUGCAGCCUUCCCUGUAAAACCGGCGAGAGGAAGAAGGUGGUGAAGGGCAUGCCGUGCUGCUGGCACUGCGAGCCCUGCGACGGCUACCAGUACCAGUUCGACGAGUUCAGCUGCAAGCUCUGCUCCUACAACAUGAGGCCCAACGCCAACCGCACGGUGUGCCAGCCCAUACCCAUCAUCAAACUGGAGUGGCACUCGCCCUGGGCAGUGAUCCCAGUUUUCCUGGCAAUGCUCGGGAUCAUCGCCACAAUCUUCGUCAUGGCUACGUUCAUCCGCUACAACGAUACGCCAAUUGUCCGAGCGUCCGGCCGGGAGCUGAGCUACGUCCUGCUCACUGGGAUAUUUUUAUGUUACAUCAUCACGUUCCUCAUGAUUGCCAAGCCGGAUGUCGGCGUGUGCUCGUUCAGGAGGAUCUUCCUGGGUCUGGGUAUGUGCAUCAGCUACGCCGCGCUGCUCACCAAAACUAACCGCAUCUACCGGAUCUUCGAGCAGGGAAAGAAGUCGGUGACGGCUCCCCGGCUGAUCAGCCCCACCUCACAGUUGGCGAUCACCUCCAGCCUCAUCUCGGUCCAGCUCCUGGGGGUGUUCAUCUGGUUUGUGGUGGAUCCGCCCAACACCAUCAUCGACUACGACGAGCAGAAGACCUUCAACCCGGAUCUAGCGCGAGGGGUGUUGAAAUGUGACAUCACGGAUCUUCAGAUUAUCUGUUCAUUGGGUUACAGUAUCUUGCUGAUGGUGACGUGUACUGUUUACGCCAUAAAGACCCGCGGGGUCCCGGAGAAUUUUAACGAGGCCAAACCCAUCGGGUUCACCAUGUACACCACCUGCAUCGUCUGGCUGGCUUUUAUACCUAUCUUCUUUGGCACGGCGCAAUCUGCAGAGAAGGUAAGAGCCAACGCAUGA